AGCUCUGCUUUUUUGCGUUGGCAGCCAGUCUGUACCAAUCUGUUUCUGUUGCUGGGCACGGACGAGCACCAGGAAAGUCGGAAACGGAACGGGACCGUGUAAAGUUACUGGUACUGGAAUACUAACUUGUUGGACAACCUUACCUGGCUCACAAACUGCAGAUUCUUCACAAGGGGGAACUCUUGGAGCAACAGUCAGGUAUGAAACGACCGUUCAGUCCAUCAGCUCUGCCUAACACCGAGCAGGACAGGAGAGGCUUUGGUGCCGGGCUGGGAACGCAGAUGGAUGCCGAGCCUUGCUGCGACACCCAGGAUGAGGGUGCAGUACUAGAUGAGCAAUCACCAGGGGGCGUCCUGCCUUCUGCGCUCCAUAGACUGAAAAGGGAGAGAAAGCAGCGGAGCUACACAUUGUGUGAGGUCUGCAACAUCCAACUCAACUCAGCCGCACAGGCCCAGAUCCACUACAACGGCAAAUCCCACCAGAAGAGACUCAAGCAGAUCAGCAAUGGCAAGAUGCCUAGUAACACAGGUACAUCAGCCCAGGGCAGCCCCCUUCUGGCUUCCCUCCCUGUCCCAGGACGGCCUCUGCAACCUCAGCUUGACCUCAAACACCUCCUGCCCUUCAGACUUAAUGGAUCCUCUCCUCUCAGCCUCUUCCCUAACUUUAACACGAUGGACCCUGUCCAGAAGGCAGUGAUCAACCACACAUUUGGUGUCCCACAGCCCCUCAAGAAGAAACAGAUUAUCUCCUGUAACAUUUGCCACCUGCGCUUUAACUCAACGAACCAAGCAGAGGCCCACUACAAGGGUCACAAGCACGCCCGGAAACUCAAAGCCAUGGAGGCCCAGAAGAACAGGCAGAGACGAGCUGGGGAGGCCUCAUCCACAGGACGGGAGAGAGACCGAGAUAGAGACAGAGAACGAGAUCGGGACAAGAGCAAGAUGUCGUCAUCGGAGGCAGCUCUUCCCAUGCUCAUGGAUACAAGCUUAGUGGAGGGAACAAGUCUUCAGUCUGAUUUAGAACCAGCCAACCUGGAGGGGAAGCUCGAGGAGAGCCCCAGGAGCUCCGUUAUGCUGACGCCAGUAUCCGAGGUUUCCUCUGUGGAGUUGGUCACUCUUUCCCCUCCUCAGAUUUCACCUUCCUCACAGCUCUCGGAAACCGCCUCAGACACCAGUGCCCCCGAAGCCCCCGAAGCCCCAGAGGCCACAGAGACCGCAGGUGCAACAACUGAGUCGGGCAGCCAUGCAGACACGUCUAGCACAAAUGGGGAGUCACGUACUGAUGAGGACAAAGACCCCAAGAAGAGCAAGGCUCACCUCCAUUGUCCUGUCUGUAAAGUCACAGUCAACUCUGUCUCCCAACUGGAAGCACAUAAUAGCGGCACAAAGCACAAACUGAUGCUGGAAGGCCACAGUGUUCUGCCUCGACGCAGGGGCAAAGUGGUGGCAACUCGUGCAGGCUGCAAGAGCAAACGGCUGGGCAGCAAAGGCAGUGUCGGGGUGCCCAGCAAGAACUUUCAGUGUGAAGUGUGUGAGAUAUUUGUGAACUCUGAGACCCAGCUUAGCCAGCACAUGAAUAGCAGAAGGCACAAGGAUAGGCUGGCCGGAAAACCACCCAAACCCAAAUUUACCCCCCACAGCAAGAGCCAGCCAAGCUCCAGCUUAGCGAACGUGAGAUGGAGUGGCUAUGCAGGCCUGGCUGUGUCUGCCAUGAAGAAAGCGUUCAGCCAGUACAAUCUCACCUCCCUCUCCUCGCAGACCAAACUGGCCUUGCAGAAGCAGCUGACCAAGAGCUUGACAACUGGCUUCCUGCCCAACCCCCUCACCCCGCCAACUCUGUGCACGGUGGCGACUAACCCUCUGGCUCUACGCCACCCAGUGGGCACAACCACCUUCAUCCAGACCCCCUUUCUGGGCCCUACACUGUUUCGGCCUGCCCCGGGGCCACUGAGGGCCACACACACUCCCAUCAUCUUCUCCCCCUACUAAAGACUUGACCCACUUCUCAUUUGAGCUCCACCCAUGUCCCUUUACCAAACCCCAGGCCCUUCUCUAGUGUGACCCACAUGACAAAGGCCACACGCGAACUAUGCAGCCCACCUGACUUACGCAGGAAAGAGUGCACAAGUCCUGACGCUCAGUAGGUCAUUAGGCCUGAGAGCUGUUCCUAUAAUAAAGGCCAAGAUCCCCCAUCAUGCCUUCUUUCUGCUCCUCUUAUCAUGAAGUAAGGAGGAGGACAGGCCUCCAGACAGUGACUGGUGCACAGAGGCCGCUUUUAUAGCCAUUUCAUGGGUCAACGUGGUUUGGAUUAUGGAUAUUAUUGUGUAAUUUAUUAGAGAACAAAUAUAGACAAGUCUAGAUGUAUGUUUAGUGUGGUUGCCACAUAAUAAGGUCCCUUUACUUGAUGCUCUUUUAAAACAUUUUUAACUUAUUGGUUCGGGGGUUUUAUGAAAGGUGGAAAGAUCAUAGUUCAUUAAAGCAGCUGAGCUUCGAGUCAUCCUCUCCUACAGCUCAUUGAUCAGUGUUUCCAACUAACAAGCUCAAAGGAUCAUCUGAGGUUGAUUUCUGCCAUAUUUCAUCUUGGAUAGGGCAAUUAUCAAACAACUCUCUGCACGAGUACUCUGUGUCGACUUCAAACAUUUGUAUGUGAAGCUGAAACUACAUACUGUAUGUCCAUGCAUAAACCCUGUUAACACCAUUUAGCACCUCCAGCUCUCGCCCAAACAGUUUCCUCGAGCUGUGAACUCGUAUAAUGAAAACAUCUCUCUUUCCUUCUGAGUCACAACCACAGUCACAGCCCGACAGAUCUACGGAUAUUUUUUUCCGUUAUUUUUUCCCCAGGAUUAAGGACUCAUUAAGGUCCAGAAAAGGUCAGCUUGUCAAGUUGACUUAAUUUCAAUUUGCAAAUUUAUUUUUCUUUUGCUCCAGUGCAUCUUUUACACAAAUGCAGCUUGAACAUUAUGUUCUCACCAAGCUAGAGGCAGGAAAAAUUAUUUCUUCAGCUAUCGAUGUCUUACAUUCCAAAAUGCCAUUAUUUCUUUCCCCUCAUGACUGCUCUUUUUUCCCCCCUCUUCCUCCAUCACCCCGCUAUCGUCACCUCACUGUGGCGUUAUCUCAGCAUGAGAUGACGAUGAUGGUGAUGGUGACGAUGAGGAGGAGGAGCAAGGAACCCCCUCCACACACACACACACACACACACACACACACACACCCUCAACGCGCAGCUCGACACAUGCACACACACAUAAUGAAAACCCAAUGGAUAACUUGAAGACAUGAUGAGAUUUCAGAGCUCAAUGAAAAGUUUGGAUGACAGCGGGUUGGGAGGCUGCUCAGCCAGUAUUUGAUUGACAUCCUGUUGCAGUGUCUGCGCACAGCGUGGGAGGGAACAAAGCACAGUGCCAUGGCAACCACAUUAAAAGCACCUUAAAACUGAUUUACUUAUAAAAGCAAUGAAAAUUGUGUUGAUAUUCACCUUCUUUUGCUCUAGGUGUAUGUUUUUACAAUCCCAUGUCAAUUUCAGUGAGAAUUUUGCUUGGAAAAAACAAACAAACAAACAAAAAAAAACAAUCAGGUGAGAAUGAUCACACUAUGGUUUAUCCAUAACUAAGACAAGUCUCACAUUUAAAGCAAUACAUUCAGUAUGUUUUAUGUUUAUGAUGUGUUAUCAGUGUGUCAAUGGCUUUAUCUAUUCUAUACUGUACACACGUGUAACAAUGUAUUAUGUACUCCAACACAGCCAAUGGCCAACUCUGAGUUGUCAGCAAAGAGUCAUUUGAAAUGCGGGGUUGUCUUGAUCGCGCUGACCUUGAUGCUUGAUGCUCGUGGUCAGUAGCCACGUGUUGUGACUCUGGGCUGAGCCAUUUCCAUUUAUAGCUGCUGCUCUGUGCUGCGGAAAGGGUGCUUCGGCGCCAUAUGACAUUGCUGUUUCACUUUUUAGUGGAGCGGGAGAACUUUUGUAUGACUUCCACUGAGCAAAACAACGUUACGUCAGAGACAAGUGUUUGGGAUAAGUGUCACAAGUGCAACAUCAACUGUCAUAUUUCUGUUCAUGCCCGCGUGCUGUCAACCUCCGACCCCCCCCUCCUCUACCUCCCACCUCCUCUUCCCACCCAGAUUAUCUACUGACACUCAGCCCUCCCUCUGCCAAAAUGGACUGUCACAUAAGGACUUGGAGCAUACACAUCAUCUGUCCUCACACUCAUACCAAAUCAUGUUCUCUUUAAAUUACAGUAAUGGAGCAAAUCCUAUGCAUUUCUCAUUGUGCAAUAUGUAUAGUUGUCUGUGAUGCAGCAGUGCCAUCUGUUGUGAAAACCCUGUAAUUGCCAUCCAAUACUAGUGCUUCUACAAAACCUUUGAUUCUACAGUAUGUACAUUUCUGUUUAAGGACGCCCAAGUCUUUCUGGCCACCCGGGUCUACCCGCCAUACUGAUGUGAUUCUCCCCAGUCGCACUACUCAGUGAACCAGCCAGCCUUUAAUCUUCACUGUUCGUUUGUUUCUAUCGCUCAGUGGGAACUCUGACCUAAAGAACUGAAACUUUCUUAAAAUAAAGAAUCUAGAGAAGGCAAAUUAUAUGUAGAAAUCAUAGAGUAACUAUAGAGAUUUUAUCAGAGUUGCUAUUGUUAUCUGUAUCAUAAUGAACUGCUAUCAUAGAAGAGAGUAGAUUAUGUUAUUGUAAGCUCUGUGCAGCAUACAGGGACAAAAAAAAUGCUUUCUUUCUUCUUCUUUUUUUUUCUCCUUUGUUUAUUUACAUGGUUUUACCAACAUGUUUUUUUAAAGUACAAGAGAAAAUAUUUAAAACAAACUUUUUUGAGUGAGCUUUUUUUUUUUUCUCUCUUCUCUCCUUGUUGACGGUGACUGAAUUAAUAAUGUAAUUCAAGGCCUUUUUAGACAGUAUCCUAAAGUCACAUUAGACAGGCCUUCUCAGGGGUGACAGGUUGAGCAAAUGCUAACAUGACCAUCCAUUCAGGGUAUCCCUCCAUAGCUCUAGAGAGCAGGAAACACUGUACACAUGGAUGGAUUGA